AUGAGUGUCAGAGUAGCAGUUAGAGUGAGACCUUUUAAUUAAAGAGAAAUCUCCAAUAAUGCUGAGCUAUGCAUAAAAAUGAAUGGCCCUACAACAACAAUUAUUGAUGAUGAUGGUCAUCCAAAAGAUUUUGCAUUUGACUAUAGUUUCUGGUCACAUGACGGUUUUAAAAACAGAGAAGAUGGAUAUUCAGAAGCUGAAGAUAACAAAUACAUUGAUCAAAGAGCAGUAUAUAAUGAACUGGGAAAAAGUGUUUUAGACAAUGCCUGGGAUGGUUAUCAUUGUUGUCUAUUUGCUUAUGGACAAACUGGUAGUGGAAAGUCAUAUUCUAUGAUUGGAUAUGGAGCAAACAAGGGUAUUGUACCAAUGGCUUGCGAGGAAAUUUUCCAAAGAAUACAGGGUAAUACUGAUGCAGACAAGGCUUAUGAAGUCACAGUUUCUAUGGUUGAAAUUUAUAACGAAAAAGUGCAAGAUCUAUUGAUCAACCCAUCUAAAAGACCUUAGCAAGGUUUGAAAAUAAGAGAGCAUUCAACAGUUGGAGUUUAUGUGGAAGGACUGUCAAAGCAUCCAGUAUCAUCGUACAGAGCAAUUGAAGCAAAGAUGGAUGAAGGAAGUAAGAAUAGGACUAUCGGUUCAACUUAGAUGAAUGCUACAAGUUCAAGAGCUCAUACUGUGAUUGCUAUAGAAUUCAAAUAAAUUGUCACAUUUUAAGGAAAGAAAAGUGAGAAGUUUUCAGUUAUAAACCUAGUCGAUUUAGCUGGGUCAGAGAAAGCUGAUCAGACUGGAGCCACUGGAGAUAGAUUGAAAGAGGGUUGUGCUAUUAAUAAAAGUCUCACAUGCCUAGGUUAAGUCAUUAGUGUACUAGCUGAUAAGGCUAUGGGAAAGGGUGGGAAGCUCGUUGUACCUUACAGAGACAGUGCUUUAACAAGAAUGCUACAAAAUGCUUUAGGAGGAAACAGUAAGACAAUUAUGAUUUGCGCCUUAUCACCAGCUAAUAUAAACUAUGAAGAAACUAUGAGUACUUUAAGAUACGCUGAUAGAGCUAAGAAAAUCCAGAAUAAAGCAAUAGUAAAUGAAAGUCCUUAAGAUAAACUCAUUAGGGAACUCAAAGAGGAGAAUGAAAGGCUAAAGGCAGAACUUGCUAAAGGUGGUGGAGGUGGUCAUAGUGGAUCUGCCUUAAUGGAUGAGGAAGCUAAGCAAAAGCUCUAGGAAAUGGAAGAGCAAAUGAGAGCUAACUAAGAAGCAAUGAAAGAAAUGGAAAAAUCUUGGGAAUAAAAACUCUAAGAGGCAAAAUAAAGAGAGGAGGAAGACGCUAAAUUAAAGUAAAAAGCUGAGCAAGUCAAGUUUAGACCUCAUAUUGUAAAUCUGAAUGAAGACCCACUUCUUGAUAGAAAAAUUCUUUAUGAUCUUACCCAAUCUGAUUAAAUUCACAUUGGUCGUAAGAAUGGUAACCCAGCACCACAAGUUGUUCUUGGUGGUAUUGGUAUCCAAGCUAAUCAUGCAUUUUUUGAAGUUGGGUCUGAUGGAUAGUACUAUUUAAAACCUUCAUCAGCCUCAAGUGUUGACCAGAUCUCUGUUAAUGGUAAAAAAUUGACAUCAAUGGAUGGAAUUAUGUUAACUCCAAAUGAUAGAAUCGUGUUUGGUACUCAUUCAGUAUUCUUGUUUAAGGAUCCAGACAAUGAAGCAUCAUCUUCUCAAGAAGACUCAGAAGAUAAUCCAAUUACUUGGGAAUCAGCCUAAUCUGAGAAAGCAGAAUUGGAAGAUUAAAACAUGAAGAAACAAUAAGAAGAAUAAGCAAAAAGACAAGAAGAAGAGACUAAGUAAAAGAUGAUGGAGCUUGAAAAUAGAAUGGCAGAGGAAAAGAAAAAGUAAGAAGAAAUGAGAAUUCAAAUGCAAAAGGAAUAUGAAGAAAAACUAAAGCAGCUUCAGUAAAAUAAUGAAGAAGAGGAGGGGAAGAAGCUUGAGUAAAAAAUGAAAGAGGAAAUGGAAAAAAUGAAAAAGUAAGAAGAGCUUAGAUUAAAACAACGUGAAGCUGAGGAGAAAAAAAUCUAAAGAAAGUAACAAGAAUAAAGUGACUUGGAAAAAAGACUGGGAUAGAUACUGCCUCUAGUAAAUGAAGCUAAUCUUAUAGCUAAAGAACUCAAGAGAGAAAUAAUUUUCAAUGCUAAGUUGAUAAAAUCUAUUCCAGAAACUAGAGAGGAUGGUACUUCAGAUCUUGGAACUACAGAUAUUGUUAUCAAAACUGAAAAUUUCGAGGAAGGUUACUACUAUUAAUGGCCGGAAGACAAAUUUAAUGAUAGAAUUUUCAUGAUGAGAGAUCUAGUAAAUGAGUAUUUUGAAAGUGGAACUCUUCCAAAACUAACACAUGACACUGAUCCAUUUUGGGAUCCUCCAGAACCAAUGCUUAUCGGGUAGAGCUUUAUUUCUAUGAAAAAUCUUGGGUACCUUAUAGAAAAUGAAAUGGAAUCUAAGAUUCUUUCAAGUGAAGGUAAUUCAGGUGUUAGGGGUUAAUUAAGUGUUAAAUAUUUCCCAACAGAUGAAGCUGGAUAAGGUGAACCAAAUGAAGAUGACCUUCCUGAAGAACCUGAAGACUUACUUGGUAAGCCAGUAACAUUCAGAGUAGAAAUUGAGAAGGCGAAAGAUUUACCAGUAGAAUUAAGCAAAAAUACUUUUGUUAAUUACAAAUUUGGUUUCGAGGGAAAUAAGAUAAAUUAGACCUAAGAAAACAAUGGCAAAGAAAGAAAUCCAGUUUUUAAUUUCAAAAAAGUUCAUCACAUAGAGAAGGUUACUCCUUCAAUCUUAGCUUAUCUCUAAAAUGGCUAGUUAUGCUUCAGAGUUUACGGUUAUCCAGACUAUGAUUAAGCCCGUAAAAUGCAAAAGAAGGAGCUUGAAGAAUCUAAAAAAGAAGUUACUUAAAAAGAAGAUUUAAAGAGAAAAGCAACAGUCAAACUUGAGAAUGAAGCUAAGCAUACUGGCAGAGAAGAAAGCAAAGCUAUUCAUUAAUAACAUUAACAACAAAAAGCUAAAGAAGAGGUUAAAUCUACUCAUGAGCCUAAGAAGGAAGCUGAUCAUAAUUAAAAUACAGAUUAACAGAAAAAGGAAGAAUCAAAGGUUCCUGAGAAGACAGAGACAAAAGUUUCAGAAAAGAAAGAUAUAAAGACAGCUGAUAAAGUCUUAGUUGAUGGAGAAGUUGGAAAGACAGGUUGCUGCAAUAUCUAUUGA